AUGAGGUCCGAUAUACUUCUUAGGAUAUUUUUUCUGCUUUUACAAUGCUCUUUAGGGAAAUGCUUACAUUAUUAUCUUCGAAGCGGGGAGACAAAGUGUUUUUAUGAAAACUUGGAUAAGGGUGAACUAUUAGCAGCGACUUUUCUGGGCCAAGUAGAACAAGAAGAUGGUACAUAUGAUGAGGAUGAGGCUUUAACAUUUCAUAUCACAAUUUUUGAAACAUUCGACAAUAAUCAUUGUAUCUUAGAUCAGAAGUCAGUUCCACCGGGACCCUUUGCAUUCAGCGGUAUAGAUAAGGGUGAACAUAAAAUAUGUCUGCAACCUCACCACAUCGACAGCUCAAAACGCGUGAAGAUAACCCAUGACGUAAAUUUUGGAGACGCUGUAUCUAUUCAAAGCAAAAGAAAUAGCGCUAUGCUCAGUCUAAAAGAGCGAAUUCGUCAAUUGAAUGAACGGCUAUUAACGAUAAAAAAUGAACAAGAAGAAAUUAAAUUAAAAGAACCAAAAUUUAGGUCAACCACGGAGGAAACUAACCAGAAAGUUAUGUACCUAUCAAUAGUAGUGUCUGUUGUUCUUGUACUUACCUGCAAAUUUCAGCUACGCUAUUUAAAGACCUUGCUGGUUAAAAAGAAGCAGAAGUAG